AUGGUGCUGCUGUCGCCGGUGAGCCGGGCUGCCACGGCAAUGUACAACUCCAGCGCCCGCCGCGACAUCAUCAUCAACAAUGUCACGGUGUGUGCCACCCCGGCGGCCACGCUGGUGGCCAGCUUCACGGUGUCCGCCGACAUGCGCACCACGGAGCGGCUCAUGGUCACCACCACGGUCCUCAUGACCUUGCUCGGCACCGCCCUCUUCCUCCUUGGAGUUUCCGGACGCCUCUCGGGCCGGGGCCGCGGCCACUCUACCGCCACCCGCAUCUUCUUCCGCGCCUCCUUCGCUCUAUUCCUCCCCUUCAUGUCCUACAUGUUCUCCCAGGCCAAGAGCAAGCCACCCGACACCGGCAACCAGCCCCGCGCGCAGCUCAUUCUCCUCUGGAUGAUCCUCGUCGAGCUCCUCCGCAAGAAGGUCUACGCCAUGGUUGCCCCAACCACCGAUGCCUUCGCACGCGGCGUCGGCCGCUAUAGCUUCUUUGAUGCCGUCGAGGAGGCUGCACGCAUGGCGUGGAUUGGGUACCUCAUCUACACCUAUGUGCAUGGCUUUGGCGUCAAGUCCUUCUUCAUCAUCCUCUGGAUCUUCAGCGUCGUCAAGAUGUGCAAGCGCUCCAUGUGCAUCUACCUUGCUAAGCGCUCCUUCGACCUCGCGAAGAACGCUGCCCUCGUCUCCGGCUACAUGGUGCAGCUCGUCAACGAGCGUCGGCAAUUGCUCCGCGAUGACGAACACGCAGUUGGCGCUGGUAUCAUGAGGGCUUGCAACUAUGCGGUCAUGGGAGAGAGACGGCUCAAGAGGGAGGUGACGCCCCAUGGCUUGAAGAUCCAACAAGAAGAAAUCAACAAAAUUCUCCUUGGAGAUGGAAGUCCAAAUGGGAAGGAAGAGGCCAAAAAGUCGGAGCUGGUCCGGGUAUGUAACAUAUGGGACCUCGCCAAUAGUGACCCCAUCUUCAGGUACAAUUUGAGCAGGAAGCACAAGUUGGAGAACAUUUGCCUUGCCGUCGCACUCUUCAAGCUACUCCGACGGAAGAUGGAGCACUUCCACAUGGCAGAGGCGGGCACCCCACAAGCACGUGAUCUCGUCCUCCGGGGACUCCUCGCCCUCGAGGGGCACGAGGACGAGGUUGCCAAUGCUGAGAGGGCUUUCGAGGUGGUGGAACUGGAGCUGAGGUUUCUGGACGAGUACUACCAGGCCAUCAUCCCGUUGGCAUUGUCCAAGCCGGGGCUAUUCAUAGCCAACUUCAUCAUCUCCAUCGUCUUCAUCUUUUUGUACUGCAUCACCGUGCUCCUUGUCACAGGCAAUGGCCACAUCUUCAAGGUGCUAGGCUCCCUCUUUCGGGGGCUCAUCGGCCUGUCCAUCGACAUGGUGGUGCAGUACAAGUGCUUCGUCCACCAAGUGAACUUCCUCUUCGGCAUGUACGUGCUCUCCGAUUGGUUCAUUGUGCCCGUAAUGUACACCUAUGCCCGAAAGACAGUGCUCCAGCAGAAGGGGCAUGCCGGGAGGGUCGCCAAGGGCACCCUAUGGGCGAAGCACCGCUCCCACGCCGUCAUCAAGGUCCACCAGAUCACCAUGCUCAAGCUCCACUACCUCGACCCGCGUUGGGUGUGGAUGCUCGUUUCCCGCCUGCUCAAGAGGCGCCUCGUCGGCCUCCCCGAUGCCAUCGUCACCGGUGACACAAAGGUGGCCAUCGUCAAGGCGUUGAAGGACGUCCUCACCCCAAGCUGCGGCAGACACUUCAGCAACGGCAUGGCUACGUUGGAAAGGCAACGCUUCCUUAACCUCAAGUGGGCGUGCGACCCCAAGAUGAGCACCGCAACAAUCAUAGUGGUGUGGCACAUCGCGACAGCCCUAUUUGAGACGAGGGACAAACAGAAGCACCCUCUACCACCACACGGCCAGGCUGCCCUGACGUUGUCAAGGUACUGCGCAUACUUGGUGGCCUACGAGCCGGGGCUCCUCCCGGACAACGAGGCAUGGACGAAGAAGGUGUACAAGGACAUCAAGGGGGAGCUCAGCAGUUUCUUCCAGAGCUGUUGCAAUACUGGUGACCGCCGUGAGCGUCUAGUGAAGUUCGGUCAAGGAGAAGAGGACGAGGAGAAGUCGGCCAUGGUGAAGGGUGUCAAGCUAGGGAAGCAGCUGGAGGCCACUAGCAGUAGUGGCGGUGACUUGCUUGAAGACGAGAGAGUGUGGGGGAUGCUACUCGAGUUCUGGGCGGAACUUCUCGUGUUCGUGGCACGCAGGCCAUCGGCGGGCCCGGAGACGCACGCGCUGGCGCUGAGCAACGGCGGCGAGUUCAUCACCCACAUCUGGGCCAUGCUCACCCACGCCGGCGUGCAUGUCCCCAAGAACCACCAAGAUGAUCAGGUUCCAUCGUGCAACUGCAAUCCAGUUUGA